AUGAUAAACGGAUAUUCGGACCCAUAUGUAAAGUUGACCGUUGGCGGACACAAGUUCACGACAAACGUGGUGCGCAAAUCGCUCAACCCCGUCUGGGAUGCCGCCUUUGACUUUGAGCUCGAUGCCCAGUCGUUGCCCGAUCAAGUCAGCCUCAUGUUCUGGGAUAAAGACCGCUGGGGACGGGAUGACUACCUCGGCACAGUCUAUAUCCCCCUGCAGCCUGCCUCCCUCUGGGCCGACUCUGUGCCGAAACAUUUCGACGACCAAGACAACCAGGCAAUGGAAGUCAAGUUUGGAUUCAUCGACAUUGGCCUUGCUCCUUCACGCAAGACCUCAUCUGUUGGUGAGAUCGAGCGGAUAUGGACUAAUCUCGUCAGUGGGCGCAACAAACUUGGACUCGGACAGCGAAAGGUCCACACUUCCGGCGACAUUUCCGUCAACAUGGCCGAUAUCCCCGUUGCAGUACGCGAUGAGGAUCCCUCCAUGGGCUUGUCCGCCUUGCGACUUGACUCUCCUUCGCCACCCCCCACCGGUGCUUUGACUGCAUCCUCUUCAGCAUCCUCCACCCUCUCUUCCCUCAGCUCGACUAACAAUCUGCGUGGCGUCGUAUUUAUGGAGAUUGUCUCCGCCAGCAAUCUCCCCAGGACUCACAAUGUGACAAGGACAGGAUUCGACAUGGAUCCCUUUGUUGUCAUCUCGUUUGGAAAGUGCAUCUUCCGGACGCGAGUCAUUCGACACAACCUCAACCCAACCUGGCGUGGAAAGCUGAUGUUCAGAGUCCAUCAUGGUGAGGAUAACUUCAAGAUCAAGUACUCGGUCCACGACUGGGAUAAGCUGAGCGGAAACGACUAUAUCGGCAUGACAACCAUGGACAUCGAGACCCUUAUCAACGCAUCACAAGGACAGGAGGCCGACUCAUUGUUGACACCCCAGAUCGGUACUUUCGAGGCGAAGGAGGCCGUCGACCAGGACAUGAAGGAGUACAUUCUCAAGGUCGAUUUGGCCGGCAAUAUCAAGGCGCCCGCCCAGCCCACAACACUCAAAGUCCAUGCCAAGUUUGUGACCUACACCAAUCUGCGGAAGCGAUUCUGGCUGGGCUUGGUUAAGGCAUUCGAUGCGGAUCCUAAGACUGGUCUCUACAGCAAGGUACUGAUCCAGGCCAUGCUGGAGGGAUUGGGGUCGACUCUCUCGAGUACGACAGUCGACAGCUUCUUCGCACCUUACUCCAAGGACCCAGAGAAGGAUGAGUUGACGUUUGAUGAGCUCUUUGAGAUUCUGGAGCGACAGGUCCGACUGGAUGAUAGCAAGCCCAACAAACGGCGUAGGCGCAGGAUCCGCAAGUUUUGGUCAAGGAAGGCAAGCGCGGCCGCUCCCCAACAGAGCGCCCUUGUCGGAUCAGAACAACCUGAGCAGACAGAACAUUUGCACCCCGAACAGCAACCAGAUGAGAAGGACUCGACAGAAGACUCGUUGGGCGAUGAAGAUGAAGAUGACUAUGAGGAAGAUAAUGAGCUUUUCUUGCAUCUUACGCAGAACAAGAUCCCGGAUGAGGAUCCUAUCCCUCCAGCGGUCGAGAUGGUGGAGCCAACAGAGGCUGACUUUGAGCCCCAGGUUUCGGAGGACGAGUAUGUGAUCAGGAUUUCGUCUUGCCCCAUUUGCCGGGACCCCAGUCUGGGUUCCAAGCUGGAGACGGAUGUGAUCACUCACAUUGCUGUCUGCUCGGGCAACGACGGCUUCAACCUCGACAAGCUGAUCCUUGGCAACUUUGUUACUGCUGCCAACGCUCAGCGAAAGUGGAUCACCAAAGUUGUCAAGACCCUCGGCUACGGGCGAUACAUCAUCGGCAAGAGCAAUGCCAAUAUUAUUGUACAGGACAGGACAACGGGACUGAUGUUGGAAGAAAAGAUCCCGACGUUUAUUCGACUGGGAAUCCGAUUAUUGUACAAGGGUCCCGCACAAAAGAUCCGCGUCGGCAAGAUCUUGGCCAACAUGUCGCGGAAACAGGGGCUCAAGUUUGACGACCCGCGCUCGAAGCGGAACAUUGAGCCAUUCAUCCGGUUCCACCACCUGGAGGCCCACAUGGAUGAAGUCCUUGAACCCGUCUCGAAUUUCAAAUCGUUCAACGAAUUCUUUUACAGGCGGUUAAAGUCUGAUGCGCGGCAGUUGAGCAACCCUGGUGACGACCGUGUGGCUGUGAGUGUUGCGGACUGCAGGAUGACUUGUUUCCAGACCAUCUCGGAUGCUCAGCAGUUCUGGAUCAAAGGCCGUCAGUUUACGGUGGCGAAACUCCUUGGUGGAGAUGAGGCCCUGGCCAAGAAGUACGAGGGAGGAAGUCUUGCAAUCUUCCGCCUCGCCCCUCAAGACUACCAUCGAUACCAUAUACCAGUGCGGGGAGUGUUGUCUGCACCAAAGUCGAUUGAUGGAGAGUACUUUACCGUGAACCCAAUGUCUAUCCGAAGCCACUUGGAUGUCUAUGGCGAGAACAAGCGCGUCAUUUCCACCAUCGAAUCAAAGGAGUUUGGCACAGUCGCCUACUGUACCAUAGGCGCAAUGAUGGUGGGCUCGAUUGUGUUAACGAGCGAGGGUGGACAGACGGUUGAGCGGAUGGAGGAACAUGGAUAUUUCGCGUUUGGCGGAUCGACGAUUGUGUUGUUGUUUGAGCCCAAUUCGAUCCAGUUUGAUGAGGAUCUUAUCCGGUCGUCCAAGGAGCAGUUGGAGAUGCUUGUUCGAGUGGGUAUGCGUGUUGGUGUUUCCACACGAGUUGCCUAA